UGAAACCAGGUUGUAGCCUGCGUACCUGAUAAUAAUCCUGGAGAAGGCAUCUCUCUGGUACUUGUAAGCCUGUGUGGGCGGGCAUAGGGAACACCUGGCUGCUUACAUCUCUUGGUCUCUAUAUAGUAGUGGGGGAACUGUGAUCCACUUAGGAUGCCUCUUACACAUAGACCAAACUCCUUGCAGUGACACUGGCUUCCAAGCAUGUUCUCCUGUUUGGACCUCACUGUGGUCUGUGUAUGCUCUAUGCAUUCGCCCCAUGCAGGUUCACUUGUGUUCUUCUACCUACAGCGGCCUGCAGACAGACGUCAUCCCCUGAAAAUGUCCUAAACAAGGUGCAGGCCAACGAGGAAGAGGAGAGGCUGAAUAGAGAACUGGAGCUAACUACCAAGGAGAGAAAUGAGCUGACAGAUCGCCUCCUUUAUGUGACAGGUGGAUCCAUGAGCAAGAGCCCCUACUUCAGGCCAAAUCCAUUUUAUGAAAACUUGAAGAUAAAGGAGAAAGAGGUCAUGUCAUUACUGCACAACUUAGACACAAAGAACAUUGAACAUCGUGAGAAAUUUCAGGAGCUCAAGAAGGAGAUUAACUUCUAUCGGUAAGUACUGGUCAGAAGGGCCCAUCACUUGUGGAAUAUCCAUGUCUGCCUCUCUUUGUUCUGGACUGGAGAGCCUGCAGCUCUGGGCCCAUGUCUUCUGCUGUUUAAAUAUCACUGUGCCGUGGGUCUUUUGGACUCAGUUUCAGUUCCAUAAGAGACUGUGACUUCUCAGCGCAGUGUCUAUGCAUCUUUAGAAGGCUCUGGAUAGAUCUACACUGAUUCAGGCAUCAGAGUGUUAUUAGGACAACCUGUGGCUCUGGGGUCAUACCAGGUUUAACAAAGCUCAAUGUGUGGACCACAUGGUUUGCAUGACCUCCCUUGGUUCUACUGUCCUCUUGUGGUUAUUUGCCGCCUACUAAUUGAUGCUGUCCCGAUGCAUUGGGCUCUCAUGGGUAGUUGUAGAUCCCUUGUUCUUUUGGAGAGACAUGGACUCUUAUUGGUGCUUGGGUCACAGAAACAAUUUAUUCUUCCCUGGAUUGGCCAUUUGCUGUUUGUGCAGCAGCCUUACAUGUAUGGAGAUGUACUCUAUGAAGUCUUUAUGGGUAUCUGGGUCCUGGUGGACUUUGUGGGAUUUGGCAGUUGGAAUGGGAGGAAGAGGUUUCGGAUCUUACUAUGCAGAGUGUGUUUCCAGCAACCUGCACAGCCGGCUCCUGAUGGACCAGGCAUGUAUGAAGAAGAAGUUGGUCACAUUGAAGCAGGAGAGCAAGGAGUUACAGCGAUAUUUGUUUGAGUUGAACCCGAAUGCUGAAGACGAACAGGAGAAGACCAGCAACCUCCAGACCCAGCAAAAUGUGGUAGGAACAAGCAGCUGAGUCAGAUUAACAAUGUCUGAUACCAUUUGCCUAUUGGAUACAUCUUUGCUUCCCCUAUCAUCUUUCUAAUAUCCCCACACCCAAUCAGUCACCCACCUCAUGUGAUAGAGUUAUUCAUUGCUCUGUCUAUGCACAAGUAUUCUGGGAUGUUAACCACUUUUCAGAAACUGA